CAGUCAUUGCGCGCAAUUCACCCACCACAAACUGCAGUAUUAUUCGUUGUAUAAAGAAUGAGUUAGUGGCCUAUAACUAGAAGGUCGUUUUAGAGCAACUUAUAUAUUGAUUGUCAUCAAAUGUUCUUCCUCCGUUUCCCACCGAUAAAUUCCCAGUUGCUUCUAUUCUCUCCAUUGCCACUCUAGGCGCGCGCACAGGCUUCUCUCCACUAAAUCCCCCCUUUUACAACUGUGCUUUUUUCCAUUUGGCCGUCGGCAAUCUGUCAGUGCCAAUUUUCCUUUACCCGAAAACUUUGUGUGCAGAGACGGCUCUGUUUUAUGCCGGCUAGCUUAAAUGCUUCAGUCCCUAUACGCAUACGUUGAGCCGGAUCAUGUUAUACCUGCACCGUAUCCCGCAGCGUCAUGUUAUCAAAAUGUUCCUUUAAUCAGUAUUAGAUGAUUUUGUACUUUUGUACCGUUUUUCUACAGUGCCGUGCACUGUUGCGUGAAGUGGGUUGAUGGGAAAGCUAGCAGCUUCCGUGCCGCACUCUGAGCGCCGCACACUGUGCAGUACAAUACAUUACCCGCCGAAACCGUCCGUUGCCUAAUGCUCAUCCCUAAUGAACGCCUUGAUGUUUGGAAUUAUAGUUUGUGUUUGGCUAACAGAACCAGUUUGUGGGAAAUGCCUAGCCGAACACUGUCACCAGAGCGAGCUAACGCAAUGUAUGGAGCACGUGAAACCCAUAAUGCAGAAUGCUACAAUAGGGUUCGCAGCUAACGCCGAACAGCUGAACACAGUCUGCAAGUUGUUCAAUCAAGGAAUGGAGUGCAUUGACAGAUUUGUAGCAAAAUGUUUCCAAGAGUCUCAGAGGAUUUUAUUCAAGGAGAAUAUGGCAGGCGUCGAGGAAGUUAUGAAGCGAUUAUGCACUGAUGGCGAAUAUCGUAAAGAGUACCUGCAACAUGCUGAUUGCUUUCGGAGUGUCGCUCCGCAGUAUGAGGAAUGUGGUGGCGCUUUCCGCACUUCCGUUGGAACAAUAAAUCAAAACCGGGCCACCGAAACCCAGGAUAAGCUAUCGCAGAUGUGUGGAGCACUGCAUCGAUUUCUGGAGUGUGCAUAUGGUCUGACAUCUCAACAUUGCGGCGAGAACGGCAAGAGCGCAUCCGAAUUUCUGCGGACGUACACGGAAAAGGCCGUUGGCUCUCUGAUUACAUCAACUUGCAGGAAGUUCCCCGCUGGGAAUAAACUGACCAAUUCGAAUAAUCGCGUUGUGGAGAUUGAUGAGGAGGAUGGAUUGCGCGAGGUCAGCCUGCAGGACGAUCUGACAACCGUCCUCAUCAGCACCACCACGACGAUGCGGCCCACGCGGCCAUCACGGGGCGGCGGUGGUCAGGGAAAAGGCUCGAAAAAGGGCGAAGGUCGUUCGCGGAGUAAGGCCACACCGCCCCAUCGUGGGGCGGGCGUUACACCCGCCGGCAGUCUGCAGGGCACUGCCGCUUCCGGUACCCGUGGCGGUGCAGCAGGUGUACAAAUUGUUACUUCCGGUUUCAAAGUUUUUUUAUUAAUAUGGUGCGCUUUAUGGCAUUUGAGAAUCUUUUCGUCUUGGCCUUUUGGACACGUUUUUUGUUAG